GCUGAUUAGUUAUUUAGACACGUUUUGAACAGUAGUCAAUGUCGUCGUCAAGUUAUACAGGACGAAUCAAAUGUAGAACAUGUGGCGCUUGAAGGGAAUUAAAACCUGGACUCCAUGAACUGUAGAUCAAAGAGAGCCAACUCAGUGUCUAUUCUUAGGAAGAGAUUUAUUACGUCUCAUCUUGUUAUUAGCCAGACGCUGGCCACAAACUGAGCAUUUACCGCACACGAAGUUCAAGGCUUGAGCUCAGUUAUAAAAAUACAUUUCCACCUAGUGAGAACAGAAUAGAAGGGGAGAAGUGUAGAAAGAGGAGAGAAGAACAAGAGUUUCAAUUGUUGUUGGACGUGUAUUUUAUAUGUAUGACAUGUGUCAAUUGCUGUUGUAGCCUACGUGUAGUUGUAUGAAUAAAUCAGUAAACGGCUUGAUCCAGUCAAGUAUUUGUUUUCUGGCUUUCGUGAUAUUAAGUCUACUUUCAAUAGCCGUGAGUGUGACUUUAAUUUCUGGCCAGAUCGAGAUCUACCUGUAAAUGCAUAUAGCCUCUUAGUAAAGCUGUUGUCAACCAAUUGAAAUGGGAGGACUGUAAGCCUUGUCAUUUUUUGUGGCUGAGACGGAUUUUGGGAGUCAGUUACGCAGAUCGGGUCUCUAACAGGGAAAUCCUCUAUAAGUUGCAAAAAGGAGAGUGAAGCCUCCUCAAAUAGACCUGUUGUUACAACGUGCUGCCAACUCAAAGAACAUCCUGGCCAGUAGACCUGUUGUUACAACGUGCUGCCAACUCAAAGAGCAUCCUGGCCAGUAGACCUGUUGUUACAGCUUGCUGCCACCUCAAAGAACAUCCUGGCCAGUAGACCUGUUAUUACAACGUGCUCCCAACUCAAAGAAGAUCCUGGCCAGUAGCCGUGUUGGCGAUUAGUUUCAUAAAGACAUCAAAGUGACUGCUUGAAUAAUUUGUAGAUGAUACAUAGUUCUAGAAAUCUAAUGAUGGAUUGAUGUUCCGAAUAGCAGCCUGCACUGGCUGCAUUAGUUGGCAGCUUUGCACCAUAUCUUUUUCUUUUUGAACAAGCCACACUCCAACGCAGUCAAAAAUUGUGAUACAAGAUGGCAAUGAACAUUAUUGGUGUCAAAGUGUUUGCUGGAUUUAUCUUCUUUUUCCUCGCUAUGUUCUUUGGAUGGGUUCCUUUUUGGUGCUUGAAACGAUGCGUGACCAAUGUACAAAGCGAAAGGAAGAGAGCUCCAGCCAUGGACUACCUUCAUUCUUUAGCAUCUGGUGUCUUGAUAGCAAUGUCCUUUUUAAACCUGUUGCCAGAAUGUCUUCUCAGCGUCAGGGAAGUGCUGGUUUCAAGACGUCAGGAUGCGGUCAAUCACAAAGGAAACAGUUCCACGAACAGUUCUGAUCAUCCCAAUGAUAUGACCGAUAUUUUCCCAGUAGCCGAACUCUUGGUUGCUGUGGGAUUUAUAUUUAUUUACAUUACAGACACAAUUCUAAAAGCUUGGAAACAUACAAAGAAGGUCAAGAAGCUUGCAGAUUCAGACGAAACUGUUCUCUUCCAAGUACCAAAAACCUCUAAGUAUAAAAACACGAAACCAAAUAAAUUUUCAAAACCAAAAUUUUCUGAAGAAGUUGAAGAUUAUGUCAGCGCUGCCAAUGGAGGCAACAAUAAUUCCAUGUCUGCUUCAGGAUCAGAUGAAGUUUUUCACAUGGAGGCGGAAUCUCAAAAUGUGUCAUUGAUGUUGUCAGAAGAGAACCAUCCUUUAGCGCAAAAGGACAAGGUCGAUGCCUCCGAAACGUCCAAACAAGUCAGAUCUUUAGCUCUGGUCACUGCCUUGGCCGUCCACGGAUUUUUCGACGGCGUGAUGCUUGGCCUCCAGACCUCAGAAAGAGUCAUUCUGUCGCUUCUCUUCGCUCUUUCCCUUCACAAGACGUUUGUGGCCGUGAGCAUGUCCUUGACCCUGCUCCACAACUACGACAAGAGCAUCAAGUCAUCUCGAGUCUUUCUCUACGUGUUUAUCUUCGCGGUCGUAGCCCCCGCUGGACUCUCCUUAAGCGCAGUUUUCGUGCACUCGGCAUUCGACGUCUCGGGCAAAAGUGCUGAUGCUAGUGUCAUUCCUGGAUGCAUUCAGUCGUUCGCUGUUGGGACUUUCCUUUACGUGGCCUUCACUGAGACAACUAAGCGAGAUGGAAACCGAUCUUUGAACUCCGAGGCUUAUUGUCACAUCUUUCUGUCGAUUGGCUUUAUUUUAAUGGCCGUGCUAAGAGUUUUCUUGGGAAGUGAAUAAGUUCUUCACUAUUGGACAUAUGUUCUGUUCUUGUUGUUUUUAUAACCUGUUAAUCAUAUCAGAUUAAUAUUAUUGAAUUAUUUUUUUUCACAUUCCAUCUUAUAACUUUGACUAUACCCUCUACAGUCUUAUAGUGUCAAGAAAAUUUGAGUUUGAAAUUAUUUUUUUUUUCAACUUGGGACAUAAAGAGAAAUAGGUAGAUGAUUGGAGUUUCAAACUGAUGUACAGAACAUUUUUUUUUUAAAUUAAACAUUUGAUAAUGUCAAAGUAGAUGAAAGGCUGUUAAGGUGGAGUUGACCAAUUCGACUAAACGUAAGUUUAUUAACAUAACAGAGGGACUACAUGUAUAUAGUUAAUCUGUGUGGGACUAUGGAGUUAAUGAUGUUUGAUUUACAUUGUAGUUAUAAAAUGAGUGAGGGACUAUGGAGUUAAUGAUGUUUGAUGUACAUUGUAGUUAUAAAAUGAAUGAGGGGCUAUGGAGUUAAUGAUGUUUGAUGUACAUUGUAGUUAUUAAAUGAGUGAGGGACUAUGGAGUUAAUGAUUUUUGAUGUACAUUGUAGUUAUUAAAUGAGUGAGGGACUAUGGAGUUAAUGAUGUUGGAUGUAUUUAUAAAAUGAGUGAGGGACUACAAGUUAACGAUGUGUGGGAGAGUGUCUAGGGUCUAUAAUGGUAAUGUCUUCGAUCCCGAAAAUUAAGGAUGAGUGAAGUGUUUCACAUGACGACGCAGACCCAGUUACGACCUGCAUGUUUAUUUCACAUCUGAUGCAGACAAAGCCGUUGUCUGACCGGGGUGGGGGGGGUCUGUUUAAAAUUUCUUUUCGUCUGCUGCGCCUGUCUUCAACAAGACUUUGCUUUGUGUCUCAAUUGGGUGUUCCACGGCCUUUGUGAGAGCUCUGCAACUGUCUCUUUUAGAGGCCAUCUGCUGCUAGCUACUUCCCUCUACUAUGCCAGUGAGGGCGAAAUGGUGCCUGAGUCGAUCUUUUAAGAGAUUACGGGGGGCGGCACUUCUGUUACGCCGUCCACCAUUAAGCUCGGCAUGCGGGAUUAGUAUAUAGGUCAAAAUAAAAAUAAUGUAUAACUGAUGUAGACUUUUCUGCUAAUUUUUGUUUCAUGGUUGACUUGUCUUCCUCAGAAUGUGCCUUGUGUGUUAGCUUUGGGUCUUGUGUGUGUUGCCUAGAAAACUGAAGUAAAUACAUUUGGCCUAUUUCACUUGUAGAUAUCUGUUCUCAAAGUUUAUUGCAUAUACAAGAAUAACUAAUAGAUGGGACUGACUCGUUCGUGCUUAAUUAGUUAUGAGAAGGGAGAGAGGGUGGAUGGAAGAAAAUGAAUGUUCAAAUCAAAUUAAAUCUUUCAGUGCUGUGACUGUACACAAAGGCUCAUAGGGGGUCUAUUUUUGGGGAAUGCUAAAACUAAUUCACCAAGUUUGACUGAAACUUGAACGUGCCAUGUGAAUUUGAUGGGACAGUUACAAAAUAUGCCAAAACAAUGCAUUGAAGAGUAAUCUUAUUUUGUAUCCUUUUCAUAUAUAUUUUUUUUAAGAUUUCAAAUGUGAACAAAAUGAAAAGGUUUGAAAAUAAAAAAAAACAUGGAACAGAUGGUAGUCAACUCUUGUAGUAGGGCUGUUUUUUUUGUUUCUGUAAAUUUGUUAAAACUGCAAGAUGACCAAACACUAUAUACUCACUAUCACUUUACACAUUCCUUUAGACACAUCGUUCUCUUCAUACAUCUUCAAGACUUCUGGCCAAUGAGUAAUAAAUCUUCCAGAAGAAAUUAUUGUAACUGUAGGCCUAAUUUAUAACAUUAUAUUUGUGGACAUGUUCUUGGUCCUUAACAUUUUAAAAGUGUAGAUCUAAAUUAUUGUAUAUGUAAACCUAGUUUCUGAUUCAAACUUCUACACAUGCUGCCCCAACACAGCAAUUCAUGUCUAAAACAAACCAAAUAAAAUUUUGUGUAUAGCAUUUAAUAACUAGUUUUGCACACAUCAAAACUAAACACAAACUUUUUUGUCUCAGAUCAAUCAAUCAAUCAAAUGUUGGACAGAUAACAACAAUCUUUACACUAACAUGUUGGUAGAUCAAAACUUGACAUUCUGUCUUUGGGUUAAUUUGAGACAUUCACAACAAAUCUAGACAUCAAAAUAUCAACAUCAAAAUAUCAACUCUAUGGGUGGCAUGCAGCAUAUGAUAGACCAAUGCAGGGACAUAAAGAUUUUUAUGCUCUACUAUCUAGUAGAAUAUAUUAUAGGAUGUAGAAUAAAUAGAGAGAAUCUAUUAUAUGGAAGAACUACUGAAUAACAAAGUAGCUCAAAUAUCUUUGAUUUUACUUAGUUUAAAACAUACCAAAUGAAACAUUCAUUUUGAUAAAAUAGUGUAGGUAAAUACUCUGGCACCCAAGUAACAGUUUCUUAUAAAUAUUAUGUCUAUAAGUUUCUAACAUCAUCUGCAAAGUCCCAAAGGCAAAUUUCAAUUUACUUUAAAUAUCUAUGAAUAUAUUUACAUGCUAGUACAAUGUCACCAUCACUUGAUAGCAUUUAUUAUGUCUAAAUAUGUCUGCAAAAUAAUAAUCAGAAGUUUCAUUAUGGUAAUUAGACUGAGCCAUGUAGUAACAGUCAAAAGAAGAAUUGGAUUUUUUGUGUAAUAUGCAACUAUUCAAUACUGGAGUAAAUGAAAUAUAUACUGGAAUAACCACUUAGAGUGGCAUCAAAAAUGAUUUUUUUUUUAAGCUGAAAAGAUAACAUAGGUAUACAGAACACUCCAGAAUAUAUUUAGCAAAAAGGUCAAGACAAAGGAAAAGCCUAUACCUGUAUUUAACCACAUGAACCAAAAGAAAUCUAGAAUAUAAAAACAAUUUUUUUUUGUUUCACUUCAUUAAGCCAGAAGUAAAAGUAGAACAUGAGUUUAGCAAUUUUUAUUGUUUUUUUUUUUUGUAUCUGCUUGAAUUUGAUAUGCUUGUAUUAUUUUUAUCUAAAUCAAAAAAAAAAAAUUAGUUUAAAGAUGAACUACUGCUAUUCGACAUCUAGAGCAAUUUAUAAAUAUAAAAAAAUGUCAGAUUACAUUUUGAGGUUACCAACAAUUUCCAAACUUGGCCUAUUUGCAAUAUAACCAGUACUCACUGCAUUAUCUAUAUUUCUAUGUCCAUUAUUACAAUAAUAGAGAAUUCAACUAUUGAUUUGUAUUUAUACAAUUGCCUUAAAAGGAUUCUUACUUUUCCAGAAAAGAUUUCUAUAUCCUGCAAGAUUCUUCCAGUCAUGCUACCUAAAAUAAUAAUACCACAUAGCUGUGUAGCCCUAAAACAACUUUCUCAAAUAAAAUUCAAGAUCCUGUCCAGAGCAGUCUUGAAACAAUUAGAUUGUAUGGGAUAUAUCACAACAGUGCUGGGACGGACUAAGCUGUGACAUAAAUAAAUAUUUACCUUGAUAACAUGGCAUGGAGGAGAGAAAUGUAGCUCUUCAAAAAUAAAGAUUCAUAAAAUAUCACAGGGGCAGUAAUUAGGACGACAAAAAAAAAUAUCACACAAGCCAGUUCUUAGAUGUGUAAAUAUAAAUAAAUACUAUACAUCUAUUUCUAGCUAUUAAAUAAGAACAGUAAGUCUAACAGAGAUUACCCAACAUAUAAUACUUUGGUGUCAAUGACACUGUGUUAAUUUUAACAUGUACAUGCAAUUAUUAUAUGUUACCAUAAAUUAUAAAAUAUUAUCAUUAUACACACAUUUUAUUGUAAGUGACAUAAGACAGUAAAAAUAGACAAUGUCUUUCGACUGAUGAUUUGAAAUGAUUUCAUAACUAUGAGCAAGAGGGAAAAAAAUAAAGUUUUCUGAUGUAAUAAAAUGAAUAAAAAACUAUUGAAGAAACAAAUAAAAACAGGAUGUUGAUAAUAAUGCAAACUGGGGCAAAUUUUGCAAAACAAAAGAACUUUAAAGAAUUGCCUACAGAAAAUUGUGGACCUGUAGGGAAUAAAAAGAUUAAUUAACAGAAUUGUAGCAUAUCAAUACAAAAAAUAUAAACUACAGAAAAAUAAAUACACCAAUAAAAAAAAA